GAGAAACGCUGAAGGAUCAUGGAGAAUUGGGACAGGGUGCAUAUCAAGCAAUUACCACUGUGAGCAUCCAGAACUUCAUUUAGCAGAGCACUUGUAGAAGCCAGUUUUGUCGACUUUUCUUUUCAUAGCCAUCAAUGUCUGAAGAAGUUACUUAUGCGGAUAUAAAAUUUCAUGACUCCAGUAAGACAGAAAAUAUCCAGGAGUUUGACCAACUGGGGAUAAAAGUUUUGCCUUCCACAGCACCUCCUGCUCCUUCCCGUGCAUGGCGUCAGAGAGUCGUGGCCCUGACUCUUCUGUGUCUUCUGCUGCUGACUGGACUGGGAGUCUUAGGAAGCAUGUUUUAUAUAACUUUGAAGACGGAAGUGGGAAAAUUGAAUGAACUACAAAAUUUUAAAGAAGAACUUCAGAGAAAUAUUUCUAUACAACUGAUGCAUAACAUGAAUAAUUCUGAGAAGAUCAGGAACCUCUCUAUCACACUGCAAGAAAUAGCCACCAAAUUAUGUCAUGAGCUGUAUAGAAACAAUCAAGAGCACAAAUGUAAACCUUGCCCAAAGCAAUGGAUAUGGCAUGAAGACAGCUGCUAUGUACUACUUGAAGGUUACAAAGCAUGGCAAAAAAGUGAAAAGAUAUGUUCUUCUCACAAUGCCAGCCUGUUGAAGAUUAAGAACAAAAGUGUAUUGGAAUUUAUAAAAUCCAGGAGAUUACGGGCUUAUUGGCUGGGAUUAUCUCCCAGAAAAGAUUACACACCCUCCAAGCUCUUGGAUGAGACAAUUAUCUCCUCUGAUUGGUUCAGAAGUAACACAAAUGACUUAAUCAAUGGGAAGUAUUGUGGAUAUAUACAUGAUUUAUAUGUUUAUUACGAUGAGUGCACUAGUUUAAAAAAUGCUGUCUGUGAGAAGUUGGCUAAUCCAGUGAAGAUUGAGAGUACACUAAUGAAGGAAGUACCAGAUGGAGGAAUGUAGUCAGUGCAAUUAUUUUGCCUCAGCUAUUAUCCUGCAAUUUAGAGGGCAUACAUCUUGUGGACGAUACAAAUGGAAUAAAGAUGCUCUAAGACUAAA